AUGUUAUCGUUCAAAGAAAGUCCAUUUAUGCGGCGACCAAGUCUACCAUCCAGCGACGCAACCUUCAUUUUGAAUGGUUUAGAAAAUUUAAUACCAAAUUUGAACACCAUUAUCAAGAAAAUGCUAAAUUUGGAUCUCCCCGUACAUUCUCAGCAACGCCGUCAUUCUAUGAAUGAUAUACCGAUGAUCGAAGUCAAACCACCGUCACCAGGGACACCACCGACACGACGUCCGUCAUAUAUUGCAGAUAACCUAAAUAAAGUUUUAAACGAAACUCUUGAAAUUUGUAGAAUAAAGAUUCGUCGCUGCUCUGCGCCAUCAAUGCAAUCAUUUCUCGACGUCGAAAAGCCGACGGAUAAACCACGUCGAGUGUCGAUGCCGUGUAUUUCAGCUGAACAUUUGCUACAAGUUCCAAAACCGAGUAAAAAUAAACGAAGACAACGUCGUCAUAGUUUACCAUCUGUAGCACUUUCGUCACAAAGUGACGACGCAUUAAAGCCGCCUGGGAGACGAAAUAAGCGGCAUAGCGUGACGAACUUUUCGUCGGGUCAAGAUCUAUAUUCUGCAUACAGAAGCCAAACAAAUAUUCCAUUUAAAGUUCAUGAAAUUUAUAUCUCUGGCAAUCAUAAUAGCUUGGUACACUUAGAAAAAAACAUAAAUAAUGACGUAAUUAAUAACGAUGACGUCAUAGUAAACAUGGCAGCUAGUAUUGAAUCAAAACAAAGCGGUUCACGCGAGAUCAAAAAAGAUUUUUCAGUUCAUACAUCGUAUGACGUCAAUUAUCAUGUACCGGUAACACAGGAUGGAGAGAGACAAUUAAAAACCGAGUCAGCUGAUUAUUCAAAUAGCUUUUUAUUACACGAGAGUGAAAAGCAAUUAAAAAAUAAUAAGGGCUUGGAAAAUUCAUUGAUUAACGAGACGCAAAGCUGUAAAACUUUUAACACAAUUAAUUCGCAGGACGCGCUUGAAAAUCAACUUAAUUUACAAGACAACGGUGAUUCGAAUAUCACGGAAGACUUCAAAAAGUUGAGAAGUGGAUUUAUUGAACAAACAUUUAUACGAGAAGUUACGCCUUAUCGUCACAUAUCAAGCUGUGAAAGUUUUAAUAACAAUACAAUCAAAUUACAAGAUUUGAAUAAUCGAGAUAAAAACAACAAUAGUAGUUGUCUCGAUUAUACAGACUUGAAGAAUAAAGGCGGUUGUAUCGAAACAAACGGUUUUUGUGGUGUAGCUAAGAAUACUUCACUUGGCUCGCAACAAUUAAUUGAACGUUGUGAAGAUUUCGAAACACGAGAACUACUUAAUGAGCAUAAAGAGUUACACGCACAGAAAGAACGCAACGUGCAACAGAAGCUAGAAGAGAAAAAGAAUAUUAAAAGUUUUUCAAGUAAAAUGAAGUUCGACGUGAAAACAGAAUCUCUUAUCGACUUUAACGUAACAGAAGAAAUGAUCGAUAUAAAGAAAUUUCAGGAUCGAGAAAAAUUAGUGCUCGAUUUGAGUGUGAACGACGAGUUGUUCCACACGACAACGACAGCUGAUGUUGAUGUCACUUUAACCGAUGACGUCGUUAAUAAUAGAGAAAAUGCGAUAUCGUCGGAAAAUACCGGAAAUUGGUUAAUUGACGCCAACAGCAAAACAGAUUCCAAAGUUACUAAAUAUAAUGAGAGAUCUUCUAACAAAAACAAAAUUGAAUCCUUGUCUGCUACUAGCUCCCCGACUAAAAGUCAUUUACCGGAACCACUAGAAAAGGCUAGCAGCAUGUCUCAUUUAGACAACUUUGUACGAACAUCGAAACAUUUACUUCAGCGGGGACAGCGAGCAAUUUCAUUACAUGAAGAUUCUAUAAAACACUCAGAUAUGUUUAAUUCAUUAGGUUCCACCCGUCAACCCGGUAGUCAUGGCAACCUUGAAGAAAAAACGUCAGGCUCUUUAGAUGAAUUAGAGACAAACCAGAAAUUACGACCAGUUCGAAUGAACAAAGAAUUUGCGAACGCUAUGUUUCGCAAAGCAGUCAGUUUGUGCGAACUACAAAACAUGAAACUGAAAGAAAACAUGGCAAAGAUUGAAAAAAGAUUUAUUUCGACUGAAGUUAUCAGCAAAGACGUCGAAGAAGACACGGAUGAGUGGUUUCCACGUCUGUCGUACAAAGAUUGCUCGUCUUGUACGUCAUGUCGGUCAAGAUCGUCGUCAUAUCAUUCGCUGCUUUACGAUGAAGACACGGCAACGAAUUAUCAAAUUUAUCAGCCGACGGUAUGUGACGUUGAUGAUAACACGAAAAUCACGUCAAAAAAUAACGACGAAACGGUUUCUCCGACCGAUAAAAUGGCGGCCUUUAAGUCGAAAAAGGACAUGUUUGUGAAGCAAAGCCACACAGCUUUGGGGAGUUUUAAAGAGAAACUUCGGAGAACAAAAUCCAAAACAUAA